GCGACUCGCGCAAGGCCCUUCUCGCGAGAGCUGAAGCCUCGCGCGAGGAGACGGGCGGCGCGUCGAGAAAGCGCGCUUGCGGCUUCCGGCUUCCGGCGUCGUGUGCCGGUGUGAGGAGGGCGGCCGUGAGGCGCGGCUGGCGCCAUGUUCCUGACCGCGCUCCUGCGCCGCGGCCGCAUCCCCGGCCGGCAGUGGAUCGGGAAGCACCGGCGGCCGCGACCCGUGUCGGCGCAGGCGAAGCAGAACAUGGUCCGCCGCCUGGAAGUCGAGGCGGAGAACCACUACUGGCUCAGCCGGCCUUUUCUCACGCCCGAGCAGGAGCGGGGCCACGCGGCGGCCCGCCGGGCGGCCGCCUUCCAGGCGCUCAAGGCGGCGCAGGCGUCCAAGUUCCCCGCGUCCCGGCGGCUGGAGGACCAGCUCGGCCACCUCAAGGUCACCGGGAAGUGGUCCUGACCCGCGCCACGCCGCCUGCGUCCUGCGGCGACGAGCGGGAGCCUCUGGCCGGAGCCCCACGGAGCCCCGGCCAAGCCGAGCGAGUGCCUGCGACGGAGGCCCCGGGCCCGCGCUCCCCACCGCCCGCAGUGUGUUUCG